UAAAAAACCAAAAAGAUAAUUCCUUUAAUCUUCUACCACCUUCUUUUCACCAUCUCUCAAUCUGGGUCAUUCACUUUCCCUGCUCUCUUUCACUUUUCAACCUUACAUUUCAAUCACACCCUUAUCUCUUUCCUCUCAAUUCUCACUACCCCAGAACAAAAAGAUUGAAUUUUUAACAUUUUUACUUCUACCCUUUUGCAAAAAUACUCAGCUGCUGCUGCUGACAGAGCCUAUUGUUUUGGAUCUCUGAUUUGUUUUUAAUGCUUAUUCUAAGUUGUGGGUUUGUUAUGGAGUGGCUAUAAGCAUGUGGGGUUGUAUUCUUUGUUCCCACAACAGAGGCAAAUGUUGAUGCUUUUUUCUGAUUUUUUAAUGUUAUUUGACCGUGAUUUCCGGGAUAGGUUCGUGUUGUCUUGGGGGUGCAAAACUUGAGUUUGUUAUCUUUGUCAAACCCAGAGGUGUUGGUGCUGAUAUAGCUCUCUUCUCAGUUGCCAUGUAGUUCUGACUUCUGAUUCAUUUCAGUCAUGGUUGUUUGACUUGGUUGUUGGUGAGGUGAAAGUGAGUGCUAGUGUUGCUGAUAGUUGCUAGGUAGUUCCAUAAUGGGAUCUGGCAAUGAGGUUCAUUCAGUUGGUGAGUUCAAUUUAGAUGCCAAGUGGCUUGUAGAUCCCAAACAACUAUUUGUUGGGCCAAAAAUUGGGGAAGGUGCACAUGCCAAAGUCUAUGAGGGAAAGUAUAAAAAUCAGAAUGUUGCUGUUAAGAUUAUCAAUAAGGGAGAGACCCCGGAAGAGAUUUCAAGGAGAGAGGGUCGGUUUGCUAGAGAGGUUGCUAUGUUGUCGAGAGUUCAACACAAGAAUCUGGUUAAGUUUAUUGGGGCCUGCAAAGAACCUGUUAUGGUUAUAGUGACUGAACUUCUAUUAGGUGGAACAUUGCGCAAAUAUCUCAUGAGUAUGCGUCCAAAAUGCUUGGAUAUUUGUGUGGCUGUUGGAUUUGCUCUUGAUAUCGCCAGAGCAAUGGAAUGCUUACACGCCCACGGGAUCAUUCAUCGUGACCUUAAACCUGAUAACUUGAUAUUGACAGCAGAUCAUAAGACAGUCAAACUUGCUGAUUUUGGUCUAGCCAGAGAAGAGUCCUUAACAGAGAUGAUGACUGCUGAGACAGGAACAUAUCGCUGGAUGGCUCCAGAGCUUUACAGCACUGUUACUCUAAGACAAGGUGAGAAGAAGCAUUACAACCAUAAGGUGGAUGCCUACAGCUUUGCAAUUGUGUUGUGGGAACUCAUCCAUAAUAAGUUGCCCUUUGAAGGCAUGUCUAAUCUACAGGCAGCAUAUGCAGCUGCUUUUAAGAAUACAAGGCCUAGUGCUGAAGACCUUCCAGAGGAUCUAGCUCUGAUUGUAACUUCAUGUUGGAAGGAGGAUCCCAAUGACCGACCCAAUUUCACUCAAAUCAUACAGAUGCUCCUUCGAUAUCUCUGUACGGUUUCACCCACAGAGCCGGUUCUUCCGAUGCGGAUGAUUUCACUUUCAUCUGAGAAUUCUGUGUUGCCACCGGAAUCUCCUGGUACAAGUGCACUAAUGCUUAGAAGAGAUGACGCCGGAGAAACGCCAAAAGCCAACAUGGAAGACAGGCCUAAAGGGAUUUUCUUCUGCUUUAACCAGUGCUACUGAUGCCUCAAAUCCAAGAUCACACAGUUAGGACAGCUAAAUAAAACCACAUUCUACAAUUGUAACAACUAGAAUCUUAAUAAGAAAAUGUUAACUGUUACCAGGUUCAGCCAGUUUAGUGGAAAAUAGUAAACUCAGAAGGCACCUUCAUUCUCAGCAAGAGUGGCAAGUUCUUUUUAACAUUAUGUUGACUUACUUCUGACUUGAUAUCCAAGGACUCAGAAAGUUUUGGGGUUAAGGUUGCUGAGAUGUAAUGUGUUGUAAAAUAAGGUUCAUCCCAAAGCCUUUCACCUCCUGUGUAUAAUAUAUGAGGCAUGGAUAAUAAAAGGGGGAAGUGUUUAUGUUCGUUUAUCA